AGCUGAUAACUCUCUGCCAUUCCUUCCACAUCCACCACCUUUAAUCUUUGGUGACUGGACGCUGAUUAUGUGUCCCCUGCAAAUUGGUCUGAUGCAGAGUUCCAGCGAGAGGCUAAGCUGAACCAGGUGCCUCCUCAGCCUCCAGUCCAGUGUGUUCAGCCCCAGUGGAAGCUUCUCCUCCCUCCUGACACCAGCUUCUCCUCUACAAGACUGAUCCUCGACUGCCUCUCCUCCUCCUCCUUCUCCUCCAGCCUGGGAGCCCGGUGCACAAAAUGCUGAAAUUCAGACUCGUGGCCCUGUUCACACUCUCCCUCUGCCUCACAGACCCUGUACAUGCCCAGGAACAGUGCUCCAAUGGCUUCCAGAUAGACAGAGCGACCGGGGAAUGCUUAGACAUAGAUGAAUGUCGGAUCAUCACCGAUGCUUGCCGCGGAGACAUGGUCUGUGUCAAUCAGAAUGGCGGCUAUCUCUGCAUCCCCCGGUCCAGCACAUACAGAGCACCGUACCGCACCCCUUACCUGCCCGCUGUCUCGCCGCUUGCUCCUCCUCUCUCUGCUCCCAACUUCCCGUCACCAGCCCGACCUAUCAUAUGUCGCUUCGGCUACCAGAUGGAUGAAAACAGCCAAUGUGUCGAUAUUGAUGAGUGUGCGAGUGAAUCCCAUCACUGUAACCCCACCCAGGUGUGUAUAAACACAGAGGGAGGAUAUACAUGUUCCUGUACGGAGGGCUACUGGCUCCUCGAAGGACAGUGCUUAGACAUUGAUGAAUGCCGCUACGGGUAUUGCCAGCAGCUCUGUGCCAACGUGCCUGGUUCUUACUCCUGCACGUGCAACCCAGGAUUUUUGCUGAACUCAGAUGCAAGAUCCUGCCAAGACGUUGAUGAAUGUACCACACAGAAUCCAUGUGUCCAAAGCUGUGUUAACACGUAUGGUUCAUAUUUGUGUCGAUGUGAACCGGGAUAUGAGCUGGAUGAAGACGGCAUCAACUGCACUGAUAUGGAUGAAUGCAGCGUUUCAGAGUUCCUGUGUCAGGACCAGUGUGUCAAUGAGCCUGGAUCCUACUACUGCAGCUGUCCGAAUGGCUAUGUGCUGCUCGAUGACAGCCGGACAUGUCAGGAUGUCGAUGAAUGUGACACACGGAAUAAUACCUGCACAGCUCAGCAGACGUGCCUCAAUAUCCCUGGAACCUACAAGUGUUUAGAUCCCGUGCGAUGUGAGGAGCCGUACAUUCAGAUCAAUGAUAAUCGCUGUAUGUGCCCUGUGGAGAACCCUACCUGCCGGGACCAGCCAUUCACCAUUGUCCACAGACACAUGGACAUCUUCUCCAACAGCCGGGUUCCUUUAGAUAUCUUCCAGAUGCAAGCCACCAGCCGCUACCCUGGGGUCUACUACAUCUUUCAGGUCAAAUCUGGAAAUGAGGGGAGAGAAUUCUACAUGAGGCAAACGGGCCCCAUCAGUGCCACGCUGGUGUUGACGCGACCAAUCAAAGGGCCGCGUGAUGUAAACUUGGACCUGGAAAUGGUCUCUGUGAACACCGUGGUUAACUUCCGAGGCAGCUCCAUUAUCCGCUUGAGAAUAUUUGUGUCUCCGCAUCCGUUCUGAGCCAGGUCUUAUUAAUGUGAUGACGUCACCCCCUUUCCUGGUGCGCAGUCUUGAUGCGUUACACACCUAGGAACA